GCGUCUCUUAUAACGGGCGGAGCUGUCCGCGGUACUGACGAGAGAGACUCCGCGCUCGUGCUCACGGUGCUGCACAGCCAUAAACACACCGAGAGCGCGAGAGCGAUGCGCAACGCACUCACGACUGACCGUUAAAACAGACCGAAAGCAAAAGGUAAAACAUGUCGUCAUCAUCUAGAUGCUGCGCAACAGGGGUGUUCAUCCUCCCCUCACUGCUCCUUCUGCCCCUUUUCCUUUCUCUCGUUUGUGGAGUUCAAGGGGCCACGCUAAGAGAGCAUCGCCUGAGCGGAAGUGAACCCGUCUCUUAUGGACCUGCGUCCCAGAUCCGUCCUCCUCCGAGUGCCGAGAUGCUCAGAGCUCUACGUUACAUCCAAAGCCUCAGCCAGAGAACCCCAUCUGAUCCUCUUGACGAUGAGCGCCAGCAAGACACUUCAGACGACAUGGAGAGCGUUCGCUCCAUGCUGCAAUUGGCAGCUCCUACCCGGAUGGAUAGAGGUAUGGACGAAAGCGAGGAAAGAGAGAAAGAUAAAACUCAAGAGUUGCUGCAAGCAGUGCUUUCCACACUACAACAGACCGAGGAACACAUGGUGCCCCAGAAAACCUCCCAGAAGGUCAUCACACCAUCUCAACCUCGAUACGCCAUCCACCCCUUCCCAAGACCAAAGCAACAACUAGAAUUGGAAUCUUCAUCUGAGAAUUACGGAAGGACCCCGUGGACCAAUCCGGAUAGCUGGAGGCGGCACCGAAAGUUCCCACUCAUGUUUGAAGAUGAGGAAGAUCAGGAACAGCCUCUCAAACGGACCAACGAGAACGCAGAAGAACAGUACACACCCCAGAAGCUGGCGACCCUUCAAUCUGUGUUUGAGGAACUGAGUGGAAUCUCCACAUCUAAGGCCAACAGCAAACGGGAGGAUGCUGAAGAAGAUGACGAUAAUGAUAACGACUUGUACAGGCAGAGGAAGAUGGUCUUGGAGGACAUCAUGGGAACUGAUGAUUGGGUACCUCUGGAGGGACAAACAGAGACCGAAGAGGAAGAAAGAGAGAGGCAUGGGUUUAAUCGCAACAUUGAGCAUGAUGAGCAAGAGGAGGAUGAAGAGGACGAUGAUGUCAAGAGAUCCAACCAACCCGAUUGGUUCCAGACAGGAAAAGAGGAGGAGCCUGAGGACAUCACAAAGCUUGUGGACUACUAUCUUCUGAAAAUCCUAGAAAAGAAAGAGCAAGAGCAGCAGAAGAGACAAGAGGCCAGCAAGAGCGAGCAAGAAAGCGACCGAGAGGUGGAGAAAAAAGAUGCGGAUGAAGACGAAGAUGAAGAGGAGGACGAUGACAAGGCGGAGAGGGAAAUUAAGCCCGUGUACAGCACAUUCCCUGAGUCUUUGUCCCAGAUCAUCAAAAUCUCACAGAAGCUACAAAUCCCACCGGAGGAAGUUCUAGAGCUUCUCCAGAAGGAGAAGCAGAAGGAUUUAUUCAGAAUCCCAACAAAGUCACAUACACCGUACACAACUGCUCACAAGACCUUCGCCGCAUCACCUCACCGACGGCCGCUCGAGGCAUCGCAGGGCAACAGCGUCGCACAGGACAUCAUAAACAUCCUUGAGCUGGUAAACGCAGCGCAACAAAACAACCGACCAGCGCAAGCGAAAACAUCAAGUUAUUACGAGAGGGAAACCAGCAGGGAUGAUUACGACGACACUGCCGGCGAGGAAGACGAACUUGCUAAUUACCUGACGUCGGAAAUGUUCGCGCAUGGACAGAGACGUGCACGUCUGACGCCAUUACGUGACGAGGAUCAGCCCAUGUACGAACGUGCUGACUACUUCGACAAAAGCGCGCCAGAAAAAAGACCCGCCAAUCACGAGAAUGCAGCGGCGGGAUUAGACAACAACACCAUGCUGCAAAUCUUGCGGUAUCUGGAUCCGGAGAGCGACGAUGCUGACGAAACAGACUCUGAGGAGAAAACAGUCCCUGAAAUGUAGAUGUGUAGAUAACGAUUAUAUUCACUGUUUGAAGUUUGUCAUAUAAUAAAAUAUUUUGAAACAAAUAUACCCCCUAAUUGCGUUUAGUCAAUGUAGUGCUCCAGCUUUUCUCAUUUCCUGUUCUGUAUAGCGAAAAAAAGAGUAUUUUAUUAAACCCAAUGAAUUUGUUUCUUAGAUAGCAAAUAGAACAAUGUAAAAAGUAGCCGGUUUUACCUCUUCAACAUAUGAACACACAGAUUUUCUUCCUCUUAACGACGCCAGUUAUGUUUUCAGUCAGUAUCUUGUGCGUGUGAUGAGGUCAUGUGUGACGUGGCAGAGGUAAAUAAAGCAUUUGUUCACACCAUG